AUGGCGGUUGAACUUGUUGGCGGUGCUCUUCUUUCUGCUUUCCUUCAAGUCACAUUUGAAAAAUUGGCUUCUGUUGAAAUCGGGUCCUACUUUCGAAGAAAAAAACUCGAUGAAAAGAUUUUGAAGAAACUCAACAUCACGCUUCUGUCCAUCAAUGUUGUGGUCGAUGAUGCAGAAUUAAAGCAGAUCAGAAAUCGACACGUGAAAGCAUGGCUUGAUGCUGUCAAAGAUGCUGUGUUUGAAGCAGAAGAUCUGUUAGAUGAAAUUGACAUUGAAGAUUUCAGAUGCAACUUGGAAGCUGAACCUGAGUCCAAUACUGGAAAGGUAUGGAACUUUUUCACCGCUUCUUCCAAUUCAUUUGACAAGGAAAUUGAAUCAAAGAUGCAAGAAGUCAUUGAAAACCUAGAAUAUCUUGCAAGCAAAAAGGAUAUACUAGGUCUAAAAGAGGCUAGUACUAGUUGUAACCAAGUGUAUAAAAAACUGCCAUCAACAUCUUUGCCGGUUGACUCGGUUAUUUAUGGUAGAGAUGUUGACAAGGAGGUUAUCUGUGAUUGGCUGAUAUCUGAUGCUGAUAAUGUUAAUCAUCAGCUUUCAAUAGUUUCUAUUGUUGGCAUGGGAGGGAUAGGUAAGACUACACUUGCUCAACAUCUAUACAAUGAUCCAAAGAUGGAGGAUACAUUCGAUAUCAAAGCUUGGGUCUGUGUUUCAGAAGAAUUUGAUGUUUUAGCGAUAACAAGAGUAAUUGUUGAGGCAAUCACUGGAACAAGAAAUAAUACCAAAGUCCUAGAUUUGCUUCAAGUAAAGCUGAAGGAAACACUGUCUGGGAAAAGAUUUCUUCUUGUUUUGGAUGACCUUUGGAACGAAAAACGUGACCAAUGGGAAGCUUUGCAGACUCCUUUUAAUUAUGGGGCUCCGGGAAGCAAAAUUCUUGUUACUACCAGAAGUCUAAAAGUUGCCUCAACCACACGGUCAACUAAAAUACACCGGCUAAAGGAAUUAGAAGAAGAACAUUGUUGGAAGUUGUUUUGCAAACAUGCCUUCCUAGAUGAAAAUCCUCAGAUGAAUCCUGACUUUAAGGAUAUUGCUAAAAGGAUACUUAAGAAGUGUCACGGAUUGCCUCUAUCCUUGAAAACAAUGGGAAGUCUCUUAUACACAAAACCAUCUUUGGUGGAAUGGGAAGUAUAUUGGGUAGUGAGAUAUGGGACUUACCAGAAGAGGAGAGCAACAUCAUCCCCGCUUUAA